GCCUCCGUCUCUCAGGUGAUGGAGGAGACGGAGUGAACCGGCCACCGAGGCGCCUCCACUUCCUGUCUCGGCCGACCAUGGAGAGGGUCCGUCUCUCAUCUCAGUGAAACCUGGGCUGGGGGUCAGAGGUCAUCCAUUGAAACCUGCACCUCUCUCCCUCUCACCCCUGCACUCUUUGCACCCCCACAGCCUCCCCAAAAAAACAUUUGAGCUCUCAGCCACACAUCCACAGAGCUCGUCUCUCCCCCUUUACACACACACACACACACACACACACACACCUCCUCUCAGAGACCUCCCCUCACACCCAGAGGCCUCAAGAUGAUGUGCGAGGUGAUGCCCACCAUCUCGGAGGACGGGCGCGGAGGAGGAGGAGGAGGGUCGACCUCCCCGGUGGGGGGCGGAGGAGGGAUGGGAAGCAUCGGGGGCUUAGGGAAUACCCGUGGCGGUGGCGGCGGCGGUAGCGGCGGCAGCGGCGGCAGCAGCGACGAGGGCGGCAGCACGGGGAACCUGGAGGCCCUGAUGGUCAACAUGCUGACGGAGAGGGAGCGGCUGCUGGAGAGCCUGAGGGACACGCAGGACUGCCUGGGCACGGCUCACCUGCGCCUCCGGGACCUCGGCCACGAGAAGGAGUCGCUGCAAAGGCAGCUGUCCAUCGCCCUGCCGCAGGAGUUUGCCGUGCUGACCAAGGAGCUGAACCUGUGCCGGGAGCAGCUGCUGGAGCGCGAGGAGGAGAUCGCGGAGCUGAAGGCGGAGAGGAACAACACGCGGCUGCUGCUGGAGCACCUGGAGUGCCUGGUGUCGCGUCAUGAGCGCAGCCUGAGGAUGACGGUGGUGAAGCGCCAGGCUCAGUCCCCGGCCGGCGUCUCCAGCGAGGUGGAGGUGCUCAAGGCGCUGAAGUCUCUGUUCGAGCACCACAAGGCGCUGGACGAGAAGGUCCGCGAGCGGCUGCGCGUGGCGCUGGAGCGCGUGGCGUCGCUGGAGGAGGAGCUGCAGUCCUCCUCCCAGGAGGUCGUGUCUCUCAGGGAACAGAUCAAGCGGCGGCAGCAAGGCCUGGAAGGCGGCAAAGAGCGGCUUCCCAACGGACCGUCGUCGGCCAUCCUGAACGGCGACGGCGACGUGGACCGUCAGCGAGAGGGCGAGAUCGAGCGCCAGAGGUCCGAGCUCGGUCAGCUGAAGGAGAGACUGGCCCUCAUGUGCAGACAGGUCGGGGAGAUCGAGGAGCAGCUGACGUCCGCCAGGAGGGAGCUGGCCCGAUCGGAGGAGGCCAACCAGAAACUGCAGAGGGAUGUGAAGGAGGCGCUCUGUCAGCGGGAGGACAUGGAGGAGAGGAUCACCACGUUGGAGCGCAGGUACCUGAGCGCCCAGAGGGAGGCGACGUCGCUCCACGACACCAAAGACAAGCUGGAGAACGAGCUGGCCAGCAAGGACUCGCUCUACAGACAGAGCGAGGAGAAGAACCGACAGCUCCAGGAGCGUCUGGACGACUCCAAGCAGAAGCUGCAGCAGACGCUGCAGAGAGCCGAGACGCUGCCGGAGAUCGAGGCGCAGCUCGCCCAGAGGGUGGCAGCGCUCACCAAGGCGGAGGAGCGUCACGGCAACUUUGAGGAGCGCCUGCGACAGAUGGAGUCGCAACUGGAGGAGAAGAACCAGGAGCUACAGAGGGCGAGGCAGAGGGAGAGGAUGAACGACGAGCACAACAAGCGUCUCUCCGACACGGUGGACAAGCUGCUGUCCGAGUCCAACGAGCGGCUGCAGCUGCACCUGAAGGAGCGCAUGGCGGCGCUGGAGGAGAAGAACGCUCUCUCUGAGGAGCUGUCCACCAUGAAGAAGCUGCAGGACGACCUGCUGGCCAACAAGGACCAGCUGAUCGUGGAGCUGGAGCGUCUUCAGCUGGAGUUAGACCAGCUGAGAGCCAGACCGGGGGGCUCCUACUCCAGCCGCUCUCUGCCGGGCAGCGCCCUGGAGCUCCGGUAUUCCCACGGCUGCGGCUCGCUCCCGACCGGCUCCACCACCUACCUGGACUCCUUCGGCGUGGCCUCCUCCUCCGGGGGGGGGGGCCUGGUCCGCCGGAGCCACCGCGCCCGCUGGAGCUCCGGCAGAGACGACUCCGCCAAGAACCUCGGCGCCGCUCUGUGCGUGCAGUACCCGGACUGGGAGAGCGGCGCUCUGCUGGGCUCCGGGUUCGAGCCGGGCCUCGACGUGGGCUGCUCCGACGACGAGGACGAGGACGGGGACCGCCGCUUCGGCUCGGAGCUCUUGUCCCCCAGCGGGCAGACGGACGUGCAGACGCUCGCCAUCAUGCUGCAGGAACAGCUGGAGGCCAUCAACAAGGAGAUCAAACUCAUCCAGGAGGAGAAGGAGAACACAGAGUUGCGGGCCGAGGAGAUCGAGAGCCGGGUCAGCGUGGCCCUGGAGCCGCCGUCCUCCCUGGGGAGGGACGGCGCGGGGGGGCGGGGCUUCAUCCCCUCCUCCAUCACCUCCUCCACCCUGGCCUCCCCCUCCCCGCCCAGCUCCGGGCGCUCCACCCCGCGGCUGCCUCGCUCUCCGGCCCGCGAGACGGACCGACAGAACAGCAAAGAGGAGGAGCGCUCCCUCGCUCUGCUCGACUCCACGCCUCCUUCCACGCCUCGCGCCCUGCGGUUGGACUGCACCACUCUCACCCACCCGGGGGGGAUGCUCGACGACGCGCGGGAGUACCGCAGCCUCUCGGUGGACGGCAGCAGCUCCCACAGCAGCCAGGACUCGCUGCACAAGUCCAGCAAGAAGAAGAGCAUCAAGUCGUCCAUCGGCCGGCUCUUCGGGAAGAAGGAGAAAGGCCGGAUGGGCCAACCGGGCCGGGACGGCUCCGCCUCCCUCGCGUCCACGCCCUCGGAGGAAACGGCGGCCGGAGACCCGAUGGGGCUGAACAAGACGGGGACGCUGGGCCCGGCGGACAAAGACCGGCGGAGCAAGAAGAAGCAUGAGCUCCUGGAGGAAGCGUGUCGUCAAGGCCUUCCCUUUGCAUCCUGGGACGGCCCCACUGUGGUUUCCUGGCUGGAGCUGUGGGUGGGCAUGCCGGCGUGGUACGUGGCGGCGUGCCGCGCCAACGUGAAGAGCGGCGCCAUCAUGGCCAACCUGUCGGACACGGAGAUCCAGCGGGAGAUCGGCAUCAGCAACCCGCUGCACCGCCUCAAGCUGCGGCUCGCCAUCCAGGAGAUGGUGUCCCUCACCAGCCCGUCGGCGCCGGCCAGCACCCGCUCCUCGACCAGUAACGUGUGGAUGACCCACGCUGAGAUGGAGUCCCUGAACGCAGCCACCAAGCCUCCGGAGUUCAAUGAGUUCAGCUGGGAUCAGAUCCUGGCCUACGGGGACAUGAACCACGAGUGGGUGGGCAACGACUGGCUGCCCAGCCUCGGCCUGCCGCUGUACCGCAGCUACUUCAUGGAGUCCCUGGUGGACGCCCGCAUGCUGGACCACCUGACCAAGAAGGAGCUGAGGGGCCAGCUCAAGAUGGUGGACAGCUUCCAUAGGGUCAGCCUGCAUUACGGCAUCAUGUGCCUGAAGCGCCUCAACUACGACCGCAAGGAGCUGGAGAGGAGGAGUCAGGAGAGCGUCCACCACAACAAAGACGUGAUGGUGUGGUCCAACGAGCGUGUGAUGUGCUGGGUGCAGGCCAUCGGCCUGAAGGAGUACGGGGACAACCUCCGGGAGAGCGGCGUGCACGGCGCCCUGCUGGCGCUGGACGACACCUUCGACUACACCGACCUGGCGCUGCUGCUGCAGAUCCCCAACCAGAGCACGCAGGCCAGACAGCUCCUGGAGCAAGAGUACAACUCCCUCAUCUCCAUGGGAACGGAGAGGCGACCCGAUGAGCAGGACGGGGCGAAGACGUUCACGCGCUCGCCCUCCUGGAGGAAGAUGUUCCGGGAGAAGGACCUCCGGGGCGUGACCUCCGACUCCGCCGAGACGCUGCCUGCCAACUUCCGUGCCUCGGCCAUCUCCACGCCGUCCGUCACCCUGAGGAAGGUUCAGAGCGAUGCCAGCUCUGGAGCCCGGGGGGAAGCCGCCUCCGUGAGGACGUACUCCUGCUGAGGGGUCCGAGGGCGCUGACUGCAUGGUGGAGGACGCUCAUCCUCGGAGAAAGAAGAAUUUAACCGUUUAACAAACAAAACUAAAAGAUGAGAAACACCUCGUUGGUCCGUUCUGCAAUAACGGAAGCAAAAAAAUAAAAAUAAAGGCGGGAAAAAUGACAUUGAAGAAUGUACAGAUGUGUUCCCCCCCCCCCCCGCCCCCCCGACCAGAUCCGGGAAAGGUUGAAUGGGGAUUAGUUGUUUGCUCUCUCUCUCUCUCUCCUCCCCCCCUCCUCUCUGCACACACACUCAGCAGAGUUGGCAUCUAUCAGGGCUCACUUUCCUCCAGAGGGAACACCACUGGACUCGCUGCCACUUCUUCUCUUACGGUUUGAAGAAGAUUAAAAACACACAUAACUAAACGCGUCGCCUUAUAACUUCUGCUCGGCAACAGGUGAUGAGAGGAGGGAGGGGAGGAGGGAGGAGAGGAGGGAGGAGAGAAGGGGGGAGGGGGGUCAGGAGGGCAGAAGUUAACCUCAUCCUUAAAGUUUAGAUUUGAGAAUUCGAGAACAACAUUACGGAGAUCAUAGGGGGGGGGUCUAAAGUUUGUGCUCUGAACAGGCGUGUGUGUGUGUUUGCGUGCAUGUAUGUGUGUGUGUGUGUGUGUGUGUGUGUGUGUGUGUGUGUUUGCGUGCAUGUAUGUGUGUGUGUCCUUUUCAGACGCAUUUCAGUUCAUUGGCAUGAGGAGCAUUGUUCCCUCUGUGGUGCUGGGGAGAUGUUCUCACAGACACAACCGGGUUACAUUAUGGGAAAUGUAGGAUCCCGCUUAGUUUUUUUUAAGCUCGACUCAUAUUUGGGUUCUAAAAAUGUUUAAAUAUCUCUCUCCCUGUGGCGCUUCAAUCUCAACCAGUUCCUUCUUCUCUUUAUUAUCUGAGAAUCCCAACGCCUGAGCACCGUUUAAUAAAUAAUCUAUCAAUACCUUUAUGGAUCAUAAAACAAGCUGAUAAUAAAGACGUUUUGGGUUGCCAAGUUGGGAAAAAUCCCACAGUCAUAAUGAACCACUUAUCAACGUGAUAUAAACAUAACAGCAGACGAGGAAGUUCAUAUGAAAAGCUUUCUGACUUAAUAUUGAGACAUUACAUCUGUUCUAGUUAUUAUUAAAGAGGUUUUACACCAUAAAGUGAAGUUUAAAAUUCUUAAAAAACGGAUUAAAGGGCUAAAAAUGACUUUUUACGACCUUGCAACCCAAAAGAAAAUUGUAAUAAUACAGUAAAGCUUACAAACCGGCCUAUAAAUAAUGUAUAUACAACGUAAAAAUAUACAUUAUUUAAAAUAGCUGUCUUAUUGGAAAGUGGGACCAAGAAAAAGUUAGAUAUCCAGAAAGGCGAAUAUUUAGAUAUUUAUUCAUCGGCUCAGGGUCUUGGGUCGCCCUGACGAUGGGAGAAACAGACACACACACACACACACACAAGCCAUAACUGAGGGUGAGAGAGGGAGAAACAAAACCUUUAGCCUUUGUGUUUUAGAUGCAUGUCAAACAAACGACAAUGACCUAAAUACAUAUUAUUUUUUGUUUUUGGUGAUGGUGGUGAAUAUGAUUAUGAGGUGUCUUUAAAAAUAAAAUAUAUAUGUAUGAUAAACCUACUUGGGGGGAGGGGGGGGGGUUGUUGGGAGCCUGGGGGAUCAAUUUGUAAAACGUGUGUAAUUUUUUUUUAGUUGUAUUUCUUUUUUCUUUUUUUUACGAUAUCUAUUUAUUUUUCUUUAGUAUUUGGAUAAAUGUGUGUAUACAUGUUCCGUUCCUUCUGGGCUUCGUUUGAUAAGUUUUAAAAAGUAAAUAUGAAAAAUGGUCAUUUAAAAAAAAAAAAAACGCUAUACUGUAUACGUGUACAUUUUUCUUUUUGGAGAACCAACUGUGCAAUGAUUGAAACAGAUUUUCCAUGAUUAAAGUGAUAGUAAUACAAAUUUAAAAUGGUCAUCUGGAAAAAAAUAAAACGAUGACGGUGAUGAAAAUUAUGUAAGAGAAAAAAUAAAUGCUGAUCAUCUCAAA